AUGAUAACAACAGAAAAACACCUCAGCGACGCUGAAUCAUUGGAAAGGGUCUUUGAAGGCCCCGAAAAAUUACUCGAAAUCUGGUUUGAACCUAUACCCGAUUUCUUACCGGCUGAUGUUAAUGGUCGAAAGGGAUUAAGAAAAGUUGGGAGGGCUGUGUGGGAUGAACUUCUUGGACUGGUGGAAUGUAAAAUAUUGAAUGUUGUCAGUAGUGACGACGUCGUUGAUGCAUAUCUGUUAAGUGAGUCAUCCAUGUUCGUAUACCCACAUAAACUUAUUUUGAAGACAUGUGGAUCUACCGUACUCUUAAUUGCCAUACCAAAGUUACUCGAGAUCGCAUCCGAGAUAUGCGAAUUGAAAAGAAUAUGGCGAGUAUUCUAUUCGAGGAAAAGUUUCAUGUUUCCUGAAAAGCAGCGACCUCCGCACACUGAUUGGAAGGACGAAGUCGCUUUCUUGGACAAAAUAUUUGGUAAAGGGGCGGCAUAUGUAGUAGGAAAAAUAAAUGGAGAUCAUUGGAAUUUAUACAUGACAUCGCCGCAAGAGGGCUUUCUAAUCCCUGACGUUGACGUUGACCAACCUGGUGACUUUUCUGACCAGACGAUCGAGAUCCUAAUGUCUGAUCUCGAUGAAGAUGCGAUGAGACCGUUCUACAGUGUUAAUGGCGAAACGAUGUCAUUAGGAGGGGAAAGAAUAAACAAAGAGACCGGUCUGGGCCGGUUGUACUCAUCCGCUCUGUUAGAUUCAUGUCUGUUUGAUCCGUGUGGAUACUCGGCUAAUGGACUUCUUGGAGACUGUUACUUUACUAUCCAUGUUACACCUGAACCUAGUUGUUCAUACGCAUCUUUUGAAACUAACAUCCCUUAUUCAUCGCAUGGAUCUAUGUCCAAUCUUAUUAGUAACGUUAUUGAUGUAUUUCGACCUGGGAAGUUUAGCGUCACAUUGUUUGUUAGUGUAACAGAUGGGCGAGAUAAGAAAGCAGUUAUUGAAUGCUUGGGCGAUGUUAGUGGUUACGCUAAAAAAGAUAAAAUGUUGUAUGAAUUUGAUGGAUAUGACUUUUUGUUUGGACAUUAUGAAAG